CAAGAUUUAAAUUUUUUUUGUAUUUUCUUAAACUAUAUGUAAGUUAAACUAGAUCUCCACGUUUUCAAAAAUUAGUUCGCUGCUUUAAAGAGCGCGUGAGCACCGUAAAUAUCCCUUCCUCCGUCCUCUAACGUGCAAAGAAGAGGUGUGUGGAUAUUGAGUCAAUCAAAAUUUUAGUGGACACUUUGUCGUGAUUAUUCAAUGGCCGCACCACCGGCAAGGGUACGAGCAGAUUACGAUUACCUCAUAAAGCUUCUGUUGAUCGGCGAUAGCGGUGUUGGUAAGAGUUGCCUUCUUUUGCGUUUUUCUGAUGGUUCCUUUACCACAAACUUUAUAACCACCAUUGGUAUCGAUUUUAAAAUACGGACCAUCGAGCUCGAAGGGAAAAGGAUCAAACUACAAAUCUGGGAUACAGCUGGUCAGGAACGGUUCAGAACAAUCACCACUGCUUACUAUCGUGGAGCUAUGGGUAUAUUGUUGGUUUAUGACGUUACUGAUGAAUCGUCCUUUAACAAUAUCAAAAACUGGAUUCGUAACAUUGAGCAGCAUGCUUCAGACAAUGUGAACAAAAUACUUGUAGGGAACAAGGCGGACAUGGAUGAAAGCAAGAGGGCUGUCCCUACCUCUAAGGGCCAAGCACUUGCCGAUGAGUAUGGUAUUAAAUAUUUUGAAACUAGUGCAAAAACAAAUCUUAAUGUGGAACAAGUUUUCAGGUCAAUAGCAAAGGAUAUAAAACAAAGGCUUUCAGAGACAGACUCCAAAGCAGAGCCUUCGACGAUCAAAAUUAAUCAACCAGACACAGGAGCUGGAGCUGGUCAACCUGGCCAAAAGUCAGCUUGCUGUGGGUCAUAAAUGGACUUAUCCCUACUAGGAGCGCGUGCACUCAUUGCUCUCCAAAACACCAAGAAGAGCAAGCAAAAGCUAAUUUUGAAGGAAAUAUUUUGGGUGUUUGUAAUACUUUUUAUUGUUCAUUCUUUUGAAACUUGUCUGAGAGUGUGAAGGAUAGGUUGAUUACAAUUUGAGAAGUCAAAAUUGUUGCUAACACCAUUCCUAUUCCAUUUUCUACUUCAGUAGCUCAAGGAUGUAAAUGUGAUGACCUAACGUUUUCUCAAGUUUACAUGUAAGAAAUACUACUUCUAUAAUGGAUAUAUGUAUUUUUUUUUUUGUUCGCAGA